UGACGUUUUGUUUGGAGUUCCUGUUGAUGUUAAUCCAGUGGAUGAUCCUUUACAACGUGGCCGCUUUCUCAGCAGUUUACAGCUCUGGCAGCACCAUGCCUCUGGCUUUCAGUCCGCUUCCUGGGGUCGGCUACAGGAGAUCGGAUAUAGAGCUCACCAUAAAAUUGCUGUGGACGGCUUGUUUAAUAUUUCUGUAGCAACGUUUGGCUCCUUCCUCGAGAGACCACGCCUCCUCCCUGCAGAUUCACAGGGCCCUAAUCCCUCCCCCUCACCGACCCGGCAGCCUAUAACCUACCCGGGUUUCCGCCCAUUCCUCCGCAGUUGAUUCUUUAGGAUGGUUUUGUCAUGCAAAUAAAGGACGCGUAAAAUAUUCCCCCAGAGCGCAGCGCAGGGCAGAGACUCGCGCGGAGGACACAGACCGGGCCACACGGUGGAUUUGUUUCGUUUUCGUCGCUACGGACCCGUCCAUCUGUCACAGACACCCUGGCCACGAGCAGCGACAUAUAGCCGGGACGUGUAGCCAGGAAUCAGGUCGGACCGUUCAAGGAAACCCUGCGGAGGCUGCCCUGUGGAGAUAGUGGUCAUACUUCCAAUUUCCCCAAGUGAAGUCGGAGCUGUCUCUUCUCCAUCCCCUGCUAUAGGCUACCUGCUGCUGCUACAGAGGGGAAUACGUCUAGAGACCCCUGGAUCGCUUGAGAGUACCCUUUUAUAUUUUAGGGAUUUUAGGAUCUCUCAAAUAUUAACAUUUUUGCACACCAAGUGUGUUAUUUCCUCUUUUGUCCUUUUUGGGAUAUAUACAGUGAUCUUUUUUCUGUUCUAGUACUUUAAUGUGCCUUAAUAACUGGUUAUAAUCCAGUGUAAGUGUGGCAUUGUCACCAGACCAGAGACGCUCAACAGGGAGAAGACGAUUAUUAUCAGCUUCAGAGCCCAGGCAGGAUUACUGGUCCCCCACCCUCCAGCGAGCUGCAACCAUGAGCCAGGCGGAUGUGUCUACUUGCUCCGCGCCACAGAGGGUUUUCCAGGAGGCGGUGAAGAAGGGCAACACCAAGGAGCUGCACUCUUUGCUGCAGAACAUGACAAACUGCGAGUUCAACGUCAACUCCUUUGGGCCAGAAGGACAGACGGCCCUCCAUCAGUCUGUCAUUGACGGCAACCUGGAGCUGGUAAAACUGCUGGUGAAGUUUGGUGCAGAUAUCCGACUGGCCAACAGGGAAGGGUGGAGCGCUUUACACAUCGCCGCCUUCGGGGGCCACCAAGACAUUGUGCUAUACCUCAUCACCAAGGCCAAGUACUCCUCUGGCGCCCGGUGAUCUGUCUCUGCUGUCAGGUAAAAUAAGAAAAUGAAAAAAUAACAACAGGUGGAAAAUAAAACUCCAAUACACGGAAAAGUCAGGCUCUUGUAAAAGCAAAAACAAACUGCCAUUAUCUACAUAGUUGUGCCAAAUUUAAAAAAAAAAAAAAAAAAAAAAAAAGGAAAUAAAAAUAGACCUGCACAAUACUCUUCCCUCAUUGUUAACCAAACGGGGCCCUCUCUGCACUCCUGAGUGAAGCACCGCAUGGUUCAUACACAGCGCUUCAACACGAAUCUUUAACAAAAGAAACGCCAUUUCGGUGAGUUUGUUGGUACUAAAGCUUUCCUCUUGAAUGUGUAUCGUCCACUAUAAAAAAAAGAGCUAGUGUACCUGUGUAUCCCAUGUGUGUGUGUGUGUGUGUGUGUGUGUGUGUGUGUGUGUGUGUGUGUGUGUGUGUGUGUGUGUGUUUGGACUCCAGAGUGCAAAUGGCCCAGUUUCUUUCUAUCCAUGACCUCCCAUCCCCAGAAUACUUUUGAAUAGUUUAUUUGUGGAAGGGGGGGGGUUGCUCCUCAUUGUUCACUUGUAAAAACCCUUUUUAAGUUAUUUUAUAUGAAACACGGCACUUGAUGCUAUAUGGCUGCAUGCUGGAAUAUCUAAAAGGGAACACACAUGAACAAGAGAAGAAGGGUUGCCCUCUGUUGGCUACCACAGGCCUGUUUUCUUCAGGCUAAUAGAUUCAUUGAUUUUGAUUUUUUUUUUUUACUCAAAGAGCGGCAUCAUGGCUAUCCAACACGCUUUCAGAUGUGUAAUCAUUAUCUAACAACAAGUGACUCCAUCAUUGUUGUGAAGUACUGUACACAAUAGCUUUACUUUUUUUUUAAGAGACAGUAGCUGAAUGCCUCUGCCUACUUCAUGCAGAUCUUGCCAUGCUGGCGUCCAACUUUUCAGGCCAUGUGCGACCACUUUGCCGAUGGUCAUUGUGUUAUUAAAAAAACCGCUGCUUUCGCUUUGUAUCAAAAAAAAAGUCGCAUUUGGAAUUCACUUUAUAAUCUCCUUUCAGUAUUUUAUUAACAUCCUAGUCAUCACUGUGAAAGCAGGCUGGGUUUUUUUUUUAUUUAUGAAGGUACAUUGAGAAGAUGCAUUUUUUGAAUAUGUUGUGGUUCUUCUUUUUUUCUUCUUUUUUUUUUUAAAUCUAUAAGUGUAAGAAUAUCUAGGGUGACUCAAGCUGCUUCAGACUCGUAGUAUAAACUGUCCCGUGUGGAGGUAGACCUGCCACUCCCAACACCCCCCCCCCCCCCCCAUCCACCCAGAACCCCCUCUGUUAAAGCCUGUUGACCUUCAAGAGGACUUUCUCCCCCAUCCUCCCAUUAAAAGGACUUUGUUUGGUUGCCUUUUGCCAGCUACCUCGACUAUAAAGUAUUCUCAAGUUGUUCAGCUCUCUCACCACUCUGCCACGUUGUUUGGAGUCUGAGGAGAGUCACAAUUUGUCUGUGAUCAUCAACAUGCCAGUAUGUUUUUUGUAGCCUAACAGACAGAUGGACUUCAAAACAGAAGAUGCAAUGAACCAAUUCCUGCAUCAUCAGUCGGGACAGUUUAUUUUUACACUACAACCAAACCAAGGGAGUCUGUGGUUCUCUCUCUCUCUCUCUCUCUCUCUCUAUCUAUCUAUCUAUCUAUCUAUCUAUCUCUCUCUCUCUCUGUCUGUCUGUCUGUCUCUCUGUCUGUCUGUCUCUCUCUGUCUGUCUGUCUCUCUCUCUCUCUCUCUCUCUCUCUCUCUCUCUCUCUCUCUCAAACAAACCCCCACACACUGCCAUUGAGUUCCCUAUAAACCUCCACUUACUUUGUCUGUCUUCAUUAGCCUGUGUGUGUGUAUAUAUAUAUAUAUAUAUAUAUAUAUAUAUAUAUAUAUAUAUAUAUAUAUAUAUAUAAUUUUUUUUUCCAGUUAUACAAAAAUGGAAUUGUAUCGCAUGACUAAUAAAUGCAGGGAGUUUAAUUGCACAAAAAUGCGGAGCCUUGUGCGCCCCCAGUGUUUGUACGGGGUAACUGCAGGAGCCAAGGCUUUGGAAUAGUUACUACUACUGAGCAGGACCCUAAUACUGUUGGACGAUGAAGACUUUAAAAACAACAACAACAACAACAACAACACAUGACUAUUGCAGGAUGUCACUGAAAAGGAAAAUUGGUUUCAUAAACUUGCCUGCUGCAUUUUGAAAGUCAUGACACCCUAACAUUUGUAUCAAUGCUGCUUGUAUUUUUCUUUUUCUUUUUUUUGUUUUUAAAGCCUACCGCUCAAAUGGCCCACAGUUGUAAAAAAGGCUUCACAGCAACGCUGGUUUCACCACAUGAGAAGCUGUUGAAAGAGAGUGUGUUUUUUUAAUGGUUGUGUGUUUGUAUGAUUGUGUGCUUCUCAUGAGGGCCCUGUGUGCUGUUGAUGAAACAGUCAUCAAGACUGAGAACUUCUCAUUUGAAACCUGGAACAACCACGCGAUAGAUCCAUUACAUCAAGGGUUAGAUUGUCAUCAGGCAACAAAUUAAAUAUGCAUCGCUUGUCUUAAACUUGAUGUUUUUUUUCUUUCUUUUAUUUGUUUGAAUAUUGCACUGAUGACUGUUGUUGAAAAGUUGGCUUUUAUGUGUCAACAUUUUCAUUUUUUUUUUUUCUGAAUAGAAAAAAAAAACGAACACAACAAAAUACUAUUGUAUAAAUAUAUGCUCCAGGUGAUAAUGUGUGUGUUACUUUGUGGAAAAAACAUGAUUUUUUUUAACAAAGAUGUGUGUAUCUCUGUGAUUGGGUGUAUGUAUAUAUACAUAUGGAUAUAUAUAUAUAUAUAUCUCGAUGAUGAUGAUAUCUUGGGGCACUUUCUUUUUUGAAGUGCUGUCUUCCUGUUUUUUUUGAAAGGGGAAUAAUACAUUUGAUGGUAAGAUCAUUGUAACAUGAUUACAAAUUGCACGGUUGUGUGGUUGUUUGGCUUACCAGGGUCAUAACAUUUAUGAUGUAAGGAGCCAGCCACCGGAUUGGUGUACAUGAGUGAAAUGUUUUUUUUAAGAGAAAGAAAGUGCUGACUUCUUUGGACCAAGUUGUGUUUCUUGUCUUGCUUAAUUUCAAGCAAGAGGAAACAGCUGAUUUUUUUCAUGAGUGAUGCAGAUGUUCCAUCAUGUUUAAUUCUGUUUGUAUUCUUUUGUUUUUGAACGUUUGUAACACUGUGAUGAUGACGUGAUGUCAUGUGGAGAUGCGUGCUGUAUUAUUUUUGUACGUUUGUGUACAAGCCAGUAAAGAAAUCAUUAAACUCAAA